AUGCCUACAGAGGCUCAGGAUAGAUCUGUGGCUUCUUCUGUGAAAUGUAAGCUGCAGGGUAGCACUCGUAUCCCUGCAUUCUCAAUGGAUGGGGACUAUGUUAUUGGUGGUGUUUUCUCUAUUCACUACUUCAUGCAAACAGUAAACCAUAACUACACUACCAUGCCUGAGCCAGUAAGAUGCAGUGGGAGCAUUGAUACCCGUGAGCUGCGCUUCUCACGAGCAAUGGUUUUUGCCAUUGAAGAGAUUAACAACAGCACAGAGCUUCUGCCCGGGAUAAGGCUCGGGUAUCAGAUCUUUGACUCAUGUUCAUCAGUGCCCGUGGCAGUGCAUGUGGCAUUUCAGUUGCUAAAUAGCUUGGACACUGUGUUUUACACAGGUGGUAACUGCUUACAAUCUGGUAUGGUGAUGACUAUUGUUGGUGAGUCUGGGUCUACACCAUCCAUCAGCAUGUCACGCAUCCUUAUUUUAGCAGAACUGAAGAAAGUAAAUUUUUCCCGAAAUGGUUAUGGUGUGUCAUUUAAUGCUAAUGGGGAUCCUGUGGCGAUUUACGAGUUGGUUAACUGGCAGACGAGUGAAACUGGAAAAACAGAGUUGGUAACAGUAGGACUUUAUGAUGCAUCACUGCCAGAGGGCCAUGAUUUCCAGAUUAACCGGAACAUAACCUGGAUGGAGGAUGGCACCCAAGUGCCAGUGUCAGUGUGCAGUGCCAGUUGUCCUCCAGGAACUCGUAAAGUGCUGCAGAAAGGAAAACCCAUCUGCUGCUAUGACUGUAUAUUGUGUCCUGAAGGAGAGACUAGUAAUACAACAGAUUCAACUGAUUGUAUACCCUGCCACAAGGAAUUCUGGCCUAAUGCCAAGAGAGACACUUGUAUCCCUAAGCCUGUAGAAUUUCUUUCCUUUCAAGACAUCCUUGGAAUCAUCCUCGCUGCAUUUUCAGUUCUGGGUGCUUGUCUGGCCAUUAUGACUGGGGCUGUAUUCUUUCAUAACAGGAAAACUCCAAUUGUCCGAGCCAACAACUCUGAGCUGAGCUUCCUGCUGCUCAUCUCACUGACUCUGUGUUUCUUAUGUUCAUUAACUUUCAUUGGAGCACCA